AUCAUCCAGCCUCUCGUCUCCCCUCUCUCUUUUUCUCCGACAAAUGGAGAACGGUACUCGCCACAGCAAGCGCCAAUCACUGUUUGUUUAACUCACUUCGUUUUCUUCCUUCCUAUAAACCAAAUCACUGUAAUUUUAACUCUCCAACGCCUUUUUUUCUUAAUUUCUUCCCUCCGUGUCAGUGUCAAUAUAUUAUCAAUUUCUAUCAGAAAGAAUGGAUGUUGAUGUUGAUCACUAUAAAGUACUGGGGUUACCUUCUGGUGAGGAAGGGGCUAAACUCAGUGAAAAAGAGAUAUCAAAAGCAUAUAAAUUGAAGGCUUUAGAACUACACCCGGAUAAACGGCCUGAUGACCCAGAUGCCCAUGCCAAUUUCCAAAUGCUUAAGUCGUCUUAUGAGAUUUUGAAGGACGAAAAGGCACGGAAAUUGUUUGAUGAUCUUCUGAAAAUCAAACUUGAGAAGGAAAAACGACUAGUGCAGCAGGAUGGGAGAAAGAGAAAGAUGAGGUCUGAUCUUGAGGAGAGGGAAAGGGCUGCUUUUGCUCCUGACCCAACUGUGAAAGCUCGACAGGAAGAGGAGAGGAUUUCCAGGGAGCUUAAGGAAGAGAUUGCAAGAAUUAAGCAUGCACUAGCAAGUAAAGGAGCUCCUGCAGGAUCUGCUUCGGUUAAAGAGACUAAAACAAGUAGAAGUGGUGCUGCAGUUGCUGGGGUAGGUUUGGACAAGGAAAAGAUGCUUAAGGUUUCAUGGGAGAAGGGGGGAGAGGAUUAUAGUGCAGAGAGGUUGAAAGAAAUAUUUGCAGAGUUUGGACAGGUAGAAGAUGUUGUCAUUAAGAGCUCCAAGAAGAAAGGUUCUGCGCUAGUUGUAAUGUCAACUAAAGAUGCAGUGGUUGCUGCUACGGGAAGUGUAUGUGGAAGUCUUUCAAACCCUUUGCUGGUUUUGCCUGUUCAACCUGCUGUAGCAACUGAAUUUACAAGUUCACAGAGUUGUGCAGAGAGUGAUGGCCUGGAUAAUUUGGUAGGAGCAGGCUAUCAAGCAUAUGAAGACUCUGUGUUGCAAAAACUCCAAAUGGCUGCAAAAAGACAAAAGUGACAAGUCAAAAUGAGAAGGAAGAGAAUCUUGAAUGGAUCAUGUCUCGGAUCAUUUGUAAUCCUUAGUGAAGGACCCUUCAUCUCAUCGUCUUUCAGAGAUUGCAGCAUAUUUGAAGAGCGAUUAUCUUAAUCUGAUGAGACUUUGGUUUAGUUGUACAUUGAACUGGAUACGAGUGUAGAAACUUGUCAUUGGCAGCCAGUUUCAGAUUUCUACUAUAAACAUUACAAGAAUUUAGACGAAGUUGGAACAAGCUGUGUUUAGCAAUUGUUGCAAAUUUGGGGGAAAAUGGGAGCUAGAACCUAAUGCAGCUUGCUGCCUGCUUAAGCAAGUGAUAAAUUUCUCUUGGCUGUACUUUUAUUGUAAAAGAAACUGGUUCUUUCAGCAUUUAUAUGAUGAUAUAUUUAUGUACCGUCUUUUUUAUUUGUUCGAA